AUGGGAGACGCACGGCUAAGACGUAUCAACAAGGAGAUCAACGACUGCAAAAAUGACAAGGUUUCGGGCAUUCAAGUCUCAUUGAUAGAUGAAUCGCCCUUCCAUCUGGUUGGAACUUUUCCCGGGCCAGAGAACUCUCCAUACGAGAAGGGUACUUUCGAUGUAGACAUUGUCGUACCCGAAGGUUACCCAUUCCAGCCCAUCAAGAUGAAGUUUAUCACGCGCGUAUAUCACCCCAACAUCUCUUCGCAGUCUGGCGCUAUUUGCCUCGACAUUCUUAAAGAUCAGUGGUCGCCCGUGCUUACGCUCAAGUCUACGCUUAUGUCGCUGCGCUCUCUGCUAUGCUCGCCCGAGCCAAACGACCCACAAGAUGCUGAAGUAGCCAAGCACUACCUUCGAGACAAAAAUGACUUUGAAAAGACCGCCAGAUAUUGGACCGAGAUCUACGCAAAUGGCUCCGAAUCAGCGCAGCCACCCGCAAAUGCCCAGAAUACGGUGGGAAAGACAGGUGACAGGGCCGAUCCAAUCCUGCUGGCAGGAUUGAAGAGGGAGCAUGUCGACCAGUUUGUCAACAUGGGCUUCGAAACCAACAAGGUGAUCGAGGCGUUGAAAAAGCUUAACUACCGAGGUGCAAACGUCCGCAACAUCACCGACGACACAGUCCUCAACGAGCUCCUCAAAUAA